AUGUUUAAAAUGAAUAGAAUACAAUCAAGGUCAAUAUCAAACUCGAUAAAAAGGUUAGCUAAUCAUGGAAAACCUCAAAAUCCACCAAUAGAUCCAACUUUACAUAUGAGAAUAUCACCAAUUAUAAGAACUGGAGAAACAAUAGAUGUUAAACGUGCAAGAUUAGUUUAUCAAUCAAGAAAAAGAGGUAUAUUAGAAAGUGAUUUAUUAUUAAGUAGAUUUGCUAAAAAAUAUUUAAAUCAAAUGUCAAUGGAAGAAUUAGAUGAAUAUGAUAAAUUAUUAGAUGAAGCUGAUUGGGAUAUUUAUUAUUGGGCUACUAAAAAUUAUGAAACAACUCCAUUACCUGAUAAAUGGAAUAAUUCUAAAAUUUUAAAAUUAUUACAAGAAGAAGCUGAAAAUAAAGAGAAAGUCAUAUUAAGGAUGCCAGAAUUAGAUGAAAAAGAUUUUGUUAAAUCAGAUAAAAAUUAA